ACUCAUGGUGUCAGUAUGUACUAGUAAACGAAAUGUCAGAAUCUUCCUCCUCCCUGAACUGCCUGCGCAUACCCAGAAUUUGCUUUUUUGAGAACAGACAACAAAUAACGCAUGCUUUGCAACUGAAUUUUUCCUUUUUUAAUGCAGGACAGAUAGAGAUGAACUUUUCGUUCACAAUUUGAUUGUAAAGUGGCGUUCCUUAAGAAAACUGAAACAAAAAAAAUGAGUAUCUUUGGUGAUUUCGUGCGCCGAGGCCUUGCUUUUAUUGUUCUUUUCAUCCACCUUGUUUGUGGAGACGUGAGCUACUCCAUUCCAGAAGAGAUGAAGCGAGGAUCCGUGGUCGGAAAUAUUGCUAAGGAUUUAGGACUGGAUCUGCCCACGCUGUCUGUUCGAAAGGCUCGUAUUGAGACGGAGGAUAACGGCGUGAAGUACUGCAGCUUGAAUGUCCAGACAGGAAAUUUAAUGGUCGAAGAACGAAUGGACAGGGAAGGACUUUGUGAGAAGAGGGCAUCGUGCGUCGUAAAACAGGAGGUAGUGCUUGAAAAUCCUUUAGAACUGCACCGUAUUAACAUUCACAUUCAGGAUAUUAAUGAUAAUUCUCCCCAGUUCAAAGAGGAAUCAAUUAAAUUAGAAAUUCAAGAAUCUGCGACGAGAGGGGCGACGUUUCUCCUUGAUGAAGCGCAUGACGCAGACAUUGGCGACAAUGCUGUGCGGGGCUACUCACUACAAGAAAACGAUUACUUUAAGUUAAAUGUAAAGUCAAAAGGAAUUGGACGGAAAUAUGGCGAGUUAGUCUUGGACAAAGAGCUGGACAGGGAGGACAAAAACACGAUUACGUUUUUACUGACUGCUUUUGACGGCGGAUCUCCUCAGAAAUCAGGCACCGUUGCGAUACACGUCACUGUUCUGGAUGCUAAUGAUAACGCCCCAGUGUUCAGCCAGGUAGUUUAUAAAGCCAGUCUCCCUGAAAAUGAAUCAAUAGGUUCUGUUGUUCUAACAGUGUCCGCUACGGACGCAGAUGAAGGAGUGAAUGGCGAAAUCACUUACGGAUUUGAUCAUGUGUCCGAUGAAAAUCAAAUUUUUAUAUUAAAUCCACAAACCGGUGAAGUAAAAGUAGGUGGAAUUAUUGAUUAUGAAAGGAAAUCGUUGUACGAAAUGCAGAUAAGCGCUAAAGAUGGUUUAGGAUUGGCCUCAUAUGCAACCGUAAUUAUUGAAGUUACGGAUAUAAAUGAUAACGCCCCCUUUAUUCAUUUAAAGUCCUUGUCCAAUCCCAUACCUGAGAACGUGUCACCUGGUGCAGAGGUCGGCAUCUUUAAUGUACAGGACAGAGACUCUGAACAUAAUCGCCAAGUCCGCUGCACAAUCCAGGAAAAUGUCCCUUUUAAAUUGGUUCCCUCAAUUAAAAACUAUUAUUCUCUGGUGACAACAGGACAAUUGGACCGUGAAUUAGUAUCUGAUUACAACAUUACAAUAACUGCCACUGAUGAGGGCUCUCCACCUCUGUCCUCCUCUAAAACUAUUCAGUUGUCUGUAGCUGACAUCAAUGACAACCCCUGUGUUUGAGGAACAGUCCUACAGCUCAUAUGUUAGU